AUGUCAUCGUUUUCAGGCGAUUUUCUCAUGAACCAAGGCGUUUGGUUUAGCGAAAAAAAUGUUAUCGCUGGCCUCUUGGCUGGAUUUUUCGGAGGUCUGGCAUUUGGAUGGUUAUUCAGUUCGUCAUUAUUCGUAAAUAAUAAUGUAAAAGUCGUUUCGGGUGCAUUUGAUUCCAAGAGAGAUGAACGUGACGAUGAACAGAGCUUCGAACCCGGUUGUUCGGAUGCUGAUGGAGAAUAUAAGAUGGUGCUAGUAGUUAGGAAUGACUUGAAGAUGGGCAAAGGAAAAGUAGCAGCACAAUGUUCUCAUGCGACAUUAGGUUGCUUUCAAAAAGCAUGUGAACAAGCUCCAAACGCCGUUGACACAUGGUUUUCAGGUGGUCAAGCAAAAGUUGUUUGUAAAUGCGAAUCAGCUAAUGACUUAGAGGAACUACAGCGUCAAGCAAAACGAAAGGGUCUCACAACUUGUCUGAUACGUGAUGCUGGUCGAACACAAAUUGAACCGGGUAGUAAAACAGUACUUGGCAUUGGUCCAGCUCCUUCAAAAUCGAUUAACGAAAUAACACAACAUUUAAAACUCUAUUGA